AUUUACAGGCUUAUUAUCUAAUAGCUUUUUUUCUGAUUAUGUUCAUCAGUGAAAUUAUUUGAUCAAGUUGAUAUUUCCCAAUCGCGUGGGAACCAGUAUUGUUUCGCGCGUUGUUUCGUACUUCAUAAUCGUUUGUAAUUCUAACAGAUUCAGGGAUUUUUAAUUCCACUUUUCCACAUAUUCGACAGCCAUUAAAUUUUUGAUGAAACGUAAAUCGAAUAUUCAAAAUAAUAAAUAUAUUAUUUAUCUUGGUGCUGAGGAUUGGAGAGGAUUGCAAGAAUUCGACAUUUACGUACUUAUUGUGGUUAACGCGGUAAUGUUCAUCGUUCCUUACAUUGUCUGGAACUGGUGGGGGCAUUGAUGGAGGAGUGGGGUUAACCACACGUGAAUGUGGCGAUAGUGGGGGUAAUAUUGCACGUUGUGUAGCCGAGUAGAGGGGGCACGGCGCUGACACGUAGUGGAAUCACUCGAUGGCCGGCAAUGUGCACCGCGUCAUCGUUCCAAGUGUCUCGCUGCUGCUUUUCAAAGUGUUAGCGCCACCUCUCUCAUUUUAUUUGUCUCGCUCUAGUUUAAUAACAAUACUAAUUCAAACAUACAUACAUACAUACGCAUACACCUUCAACACGUUUGCACGAGUACGUUAGAAAAGGACAAUCAGUGUAAGGAGAUGAAUAUCAAACUAUUAUUUAUUCAUAGAAAGUUACUGCUAGACUAAUUUACACGAUUCACGCAAGCAUUUCAAGUGCUAUCGUGUCGAUUUCAUUGACACGCGAUUAACAAGAAUAUCCUUCCUUUGUUAUUUUCUUACUUCUCUUCUACGUAUUAAAAAUGCUUCCCUCGCUUGACCGUUGAUCUUUCAUUCACUUCGUUCGAUCGCUUGUUUCAUCGAUUUCAUUUGUUGGUCGAUGAUGUCGAGAUAUCGCCCGACUCGUUCAAACGAUUCUCACUAACGAUUACACGUGAAACCCCCCCCCCGUACCUGUGCCGAAGAUACAAUGACAAUAUAAAUGCAUACGUUCUUCGAUGCUUUCGAACGCGGCAAACAUUGUUGCUCGAGUGCAGUGAGUGAGUAUCGCGGGAGGUAACGCCUCGGUGCGAUCCUCCCGGGGAGGAAAGAACGAAAAGUGGAGUUGACAGGAGAAAAUGGAGAGUCGCGUGCUUGGAGCAACGCCGGAGGAGACUACAGCGGCGGUAACGACAAGCUGCGGUAUCGGUACAUCCUCUCCAGUGGCAACGGCGCCGAUCAACGCGGUUCCUGGUGUCGGUGGUGCUAGCGCCUUGACUUCAGCCACUUGCACCAUACAGAAUCCCGUGGUCGUGGUGGCGAGCCCGCCAACUAAACACCAGCAGUCUGCUACCGUGCUGUCCACUAUCCCUACUAUCCCUGCUGUUCCAUCCGUUUCCGGUGUCACCGCGGUCACCGCUGCUGUACCCAAGAUACUUAGCAGAAACGUCAACGGCACGCUGGUGCAGACGUCCGUACCUCAGAAUGAAGCGGAACUUCAAUUGUACAGGGUGAUGCAGCGUGCGUCUCUGUUGAGCUACUACGAUACACUUCUGGAAAUGGGCGGUGACGACGUGCAACAAUUGUGUGACGCCGGAGAAGAGGAAUUUCUAGAAAUUAUGGCGCUCGUUGGUAUGGCAAGCAAGCCCCUCCACGUCAGACGACUUCAGAAAGCUCUGCAAGAGUGGCUCACAAAUCCUUCGCUUUUCCAAACGCCAGUGGUGCCGACGACAGCCGGGUGCAAAGCUCCAACUGGCAUUGGAUUCCCCUGCGUGAGCCCUAGGCCGCAAGUGCAGAAUCUUCAAGGCUUCGCGACCACCACGCAAACACCAACUCCUACGCCCUACGUUUCGUCGCACGUGUCCCUAACACCGUUACCAUGCAGAAGCACCAGCCCCAUUGUAUCCGUUACAAGUGUGACAGCACCGGUGGCCUCGACGACCUUUCGACAAAGUCCAAGCCCCAAUACACCUCUGCCUUACGCCACUUCUCACAGUCCUGGCGUAUUACAGGUAGGAACAUGCGAGUCGUCCUGCGGGAGCGGUACAACGCCAAGUCCUAGUGGCGGUGGUGGUGCACCUGCGAGUCCAACGCAACCCACCCCGACCCUCUUGCAAUCUCAGAUACAAAGACUUGCAGAGGCGGCUGAGAGACUUGCAGCUACCAUUCGACCCGUGGACCCAAAACCUCAUAACGUUAAGAAGAAGAUUUGCAAAAAUUUAGAAAUGGUAAUGGCUAUGCCCGAUAGCGAUCCACGUAGAAUGGAGGAGAUUCGAAAAUACGCAGCAAUUUAUGGGAGAUUUGACUGUAAGAGGAAACCGGAGAAACCACUGACACUGCACGAGGUGUCAGUGAACGAGGCUGCUGCACAAAUAUGCAGGUUCGUACCUGCCCUACUUACUAGAAGAGAUGAACUUUUUCCUUUGGCCCGACGUGUUGUGAGAGAUUCUGGGUAUCAUUAUUCAAAAAAUCAUUAUUUGUCUGUGUCGAGAACACGUGAGAACGGCGAAGAAAACGAACCCGAGCGUACAAAGCGGCAAAAGCUCGAGCUUGAGGGUGAGAACGAAGAUGCGACGCAGGAGGAGUUGGAUCUACGUUGCCCUGAAAUGGACAUAAGUAACUCAACAAUCAGAAGACAUAGAUCUUCAAGUCCAGUUUGGAGGAAGAAGAAUAACAAUGGUAUGUUCAGUGCGAGUAUCGAGGAGAUCAGCGACUCUGACAGUCAACUUUCCUUCUCGAACGAGGAGUCUUCAUCGAUACACGACACUAAUGAAGCUGAAGCGGAUAACACGGACAAGGAAAGUGAUUUCAAUCUUAAGGUAAUAGCUUCGCGGGGCGACAACAUAAUUGCUGUGGCAAAUCCUGCAUUAAUGGAGUGUAAUCAUCCCAUAAAGGAGGAACCAACGGACGAGAAACCAACACUGUGAUAUUGUUAAAAAAAUUUGUAUUCUCAGAAAUAUAUUUCAGCCUGUAUUGCAAUUAGUAUUAUUGUCAUGUGUAUUUGACCAUUGUCGUAUUGUUCUCUAUAAUGUAACUUUUAUUGAUUACAUUGAUUGGUUAUUACAUUUGUAAAGAUUUCUUUAUUAAAAAUUAUCCAAGUAUUGGAAUUAACGGAUGUUGCAAUUGAUUUCUAUGAAGCAUACGAAUAUAUGCUAAUGCGGCACUGGUCAUGUAGUUUUAAUAAAUUCUUUGUACUUAUUAAACUAUAGAAAACACUUCUGGACAUUGUAUAUACCUAUUUCUUUAAAUAUAAAAAAAAAAAAAGAAAAAGAACGUACGUUGUUUGAGAUGCAAUUGCGUAUUGUACAAGAUUUAAAUUUAUAAAUUGUAAAUAUACAAUGAACGUUUUUUAUUCAAUGUAUUGUAUUUUUAAAGCGAUCUAUAGAUUAUUAUAGCAAUUUAUGUAAGUUAAUAAAUAUGUAU